AUGAACAUGGAAGUCACACUUCCUGACCAGGAUGAGGAUGACGAGGGGUGGGUUUCAAAUCUUGCUUUCGAUUUCCGGACCGAUCCAACCCUUCGCUUUGUCCAAAUUGAAACGACUGACCUUUCAAUGAAUCUCGAAGCAGAAGGAGGUGCCGCAUUUCCUACAGACACAACAUCUGAAGCCGUUCAGCAGGCGAACAACAAUUUCGACUUGAUGAAUACUGCGUUCUUGGAUCACUUGCUACCCACUGAGAACUAUACCGAAGAUUGGUCUCUGUAG